AUGGUGUCACUAAGAGAAAUUCAAGAAGAAAUUGAGGCAAUAGAAUUUGAAUACCAGUAUUCUGCUCGCUCUUCUGAAAACAAUCUUGAACAAGCAAUUUUGUCUGUGGACGUGAAGAGAGUAAAUCGAAUAUUGGAUCAUGGCUGUGUGCUGGAUUUCGAGACAAAAUACGGCAAUUCUGUUGUUCAUUUGAUUCUUGAAGUGAUUCAGAAAAAAAAGUCAAUCAGUGAUGAUAUGAAAGACAUUUUUAACAAGUUGUUAUCAUUCGAUGCCCCAGUGAAUGCCCGUGAUCGUUUUGGUCGGAUUCCACUUCACCUCGCCGUAAGAUGUUCCUCAGAUAUGACAGAAAUUUUGCUGAAUCUUGGCAGCAUUGUGGACACGCAAGACAAUGCAGGUUGCACCCCACUGAUGGAAGCCUGUAUGGUCUGUGGUCCAGACACACCAAAUGUUUUAUCUCACCUGAUGAAAUAUAAUUGCAAUUUGAAUCUGAGAGAUCAAAAUGGUUGUACAGCCCUUCAUUACAUUUGCAUGGAUCAGAAAUGUGAUAGUCGGAUCCGUGUCCAGCUUCUGCUGGUCUUCCUCAGUGCCGGUGCUUCAUUAAACGUCAAAGACCAUACAGACUACACCCCUCUUUGCCGAGAACUUGAAGGUGUUUUGGCCAAACACAGCAGCAAUCAACCACACACCACCUAUGACCUUUCCUUGAUGACACAGUUAAUCUACGGUGGGGCCACCCUGAACUUCCAUAACCAACGUCUCCGGCUUUGGCUUCAGAAUGCCAUGCAGGGUAACAAACAUCUGUUGUAUGCCAUCGUGGACAUCCUCGUGUUGGCCCUCCGCCACUCAGUGUUGGUCAGGUUGCUCAAAUAUUCGCUGCAUGUGCAAAAUAUAGUCGAUGAAGACCUGCGCGAUGUGACCAACAACCUGAAAUGUCUGACCAAUUCUCCCACAAAUCUGCAAGUCAUCUGUCUGGCUUACAUACGUGAUCUCCUUAAGAAAAAACUUUUCCCGCGUGUGCAACAGCUUGAUAUUCCAGUUAAACUUAAGAAUCUGUUGCUUCUUGGACACUGA